UGCUUCUCUUCUCCAGCUGUCAGUCUGUGCUGCCGCCUCAACAUUCUGCUUUUCUGUCAGUGUUUACGGGCUAGGGAGUAUCUAAUAAAGGCGUCGUUUGUCAAAAUGCCCAAAGGAGGUAAGAAAGGUGGCCACAAGGGUCGCGUGCGGACGUACACAAGCCCAGAGGAGAUAGAUGCCCAGAUGAAGGCAGAGAAGGAGAGGAAAAAGCAAGAACAGGAAGCAGCGGAGGCCGAGGGCGCAGCUCAGAAUGACGCGGCAGAAGAGAAGCUACCGGCGUCCGGAUCGGAUGACAGCGACGAUGAAAAUUCCCUGAGGAGGAGAGCUGGUGUGGAGGGCUUGAUAGAAAUCGAGAAUCCCAACAGAGUGGCUCAGAAGUCCAAGAAGGUGACGCAGAUCGAGCUGGAGGAGCCCCGGCAGUUAUCGAGGAGGGAGAGAGAAGAGAUCGAGAAGCAGAAGGCGAAGGAGCGCUACAUGAAGAUGCACCUGGCGGGAAAGACGGACCAGGCCAAAGCCGACCUCGCUCGCCUCGCCAUCAUCAGGAAACAGAGAGAGGAGGCAGCAAAGAAGAAAGAAGAAGAGAAAAAAGCAAAAGAAGCGGCGGCAGCAGCGGCGAGAGGAGUGAACUCCCUCUCACUCAAAUGAUGCAGAGUAUUUAUCAGAAGCACUUUCACUCGUUCAUGGACUGGCGCAAUACAUAUUUGACUAUUUUUAAAGGAAGAUCUAUGAAGAGUUUUUGACGUUACUGUAACACACGGCCACUGGGAGAACGGUCGAGGAGGCACCGGUGGAUGAAGGUUGUGUAUAUUUAAAUUAACGGCCUUUCAGAAGGUAAAGCUACAUUUGAGAAAACUUCGGUCUUCAUGUACACUUGGAUUGAACCUCUUGAUAUUAACUAUGGUCUACUUAUCAAUGUACAAUUCCAACUUUGCUAACUGAGCUUUGCCACUAUGGUUUCUUUUGUUUGUUUUUGUUGGGGGGGAUCUUACCUUGUACAUAACUGACUCGUGAAGAUAUUUCAGAUUAACAUGAUGAAACCAGUGAAACAUGUCUGUUCAUUUCUUUGAUACAUGUGAGACACCUGUGAUGUGGUUUUAUAACAAGCUUCCCCGACCUCAGAGUCCACACUGGUUCCACUGAUCUGGAAAUGAAAUGAGUCAGAUGUUUACUUUGGAAAUGUGGAACUGAAUUGGAAGAGAAUUUACGGGGAUAUAUAUAUAUAUAUAUAUAAAAUAAUAUAUUUGAACAGGAAUGUCACUCAAAGUAUUUUUGAGAUUAAAGUAAUGUGAUGGAAAGAGGGACGGGACAUGACCUCAGCAUUUCUGAAAUCCUGAUGGCUUAAUAAAAGAUUCUAAAUGUGUCCUAGUGCCCGAACUUGGUACACAACAUGAAACAAAUCUGCAAA